AUGGGUAAGAUCAGGAAUUCAAAAAAUACGAUUAAUAAUUCUUUUUCUAUUAGUGUGACAGAAACGCAUCGUGUCUCGCGGACAAUUCGAAAAAAUCGGAUGAAGCCAUCUGCGUCUUUCAAUGUUUUUCAGUUGCUUGUGCCAAAGGAAAAGAUUGAAGUUGUGGUGAAAGACCCUUCGAUUGAAAUGAAUAAUAAUGAAGGCGAUGGGUUGGAUAAACUUGACGAUGGGUUGGAUGCACAUGACGAUGAGUUGUAUGUACAUGAAUCGAGUUACAAAAAUAUAACGGCUGAAAAAAAAGAUGACACUUACUUUGAGACUAUUAUAAUAUCAGAUGAUGAUGACGAGAUUGCUGAUUAUCAAACUGUAGGACUCGGAACUGACAAGAAUAAAGAAUCAUGCACUGAAAAAUGGUCUUGGAAUGGAUACGAGCUUAACAUAAAUAAAACCAUUUGCUCGCACAUGGUAAAUGAAAUGAAUGAGGGAAUAUUAGACAAUUCUGAUUAUCAUAAUUUGAAGUCGCAAGUUGAACUAAUUAAUGGAAGGAAUGCUUCGGGCUCCCACAUCUCUGUAGUGGAAGAAAAAAAUUCGGUGGGUCAUCAAAAGCAGUUGUCAGAAAAAACGCAAACCAAGCGGGUUUUGCCUUUUGAUGUGUCUUCAUCUUCCACACCGAAGGAGGAUGCUUCAAGCGAAAUGAUAGAGUUGCGGGAUUGUGGAAGGAUGAAUAAUGCAACUGUUUCUACCAGUAAAAUGUUUUGCAAGAAUUUAUCCAAAACGGAAAUGGAUAAAGUAAUGGGAAAUGUUUUGAUGCACAUUCAUUUUUUACGUUAAAA